CGUCAGUGCAGCCUAGAAAUUCAACUUUUAAACUUAUCUGUCAAAAUUAAGUUUGCAAUAGAUCUAUCAAUACAAGCAGAUAUAUUCAGUAUGCUAGGCCCACUAUAGGCUGUCGUGUUCUGUACACGCCAUUGAGCAAUCACAAAGGUCCCGUGGCGUUUUGAGAUAGUUAGCCUAUACCACUCACAAAUGUAUUUAGUAUCCAAACCAACAAGGAAGUAGAAUGAAUUUCCCGAUGUGACUAUAGAUAAGACUGUUACUGAUUACCGAUUACUUUUUAUGACUUAAUCAAUUCACAGAGUAAAAGUAAAAGUUAAACAACAAAUAUUCCCAUAUUCCAUAAAAACAUUACCUCUUUUUUUGUUAUAAUAAAACUGCCAGUAAAGUUUACAUACAAAUCAACCAAGUGGACGCAGAAGCAAGAGCAUUUUUAUCUGAAUUUAGCGUUUAAAAAAGCCGACUGAACAUUCAUACAAUUUUUCUGAGACUGCUUAAGUAAAAUUUUGGGGACAACAUAACACUGCCCUUAAAAUCCAAAAUGUAUAGGCUAUGUCAUGGUCUGCUCAUAUGCGUAGUCCAUUUCGGUCUUAUAGCAAACGUGUAAAAUGGCUAAAGAGGUAAUAGGUAAAGAGGCGAAAACCUCCCACCCAUUUCAUGACACCAACAUUACCAAGUUGCGCUCUUGUUGCACAACUACGAAUUGACGAACAUCGUGUACAUUAACCAAAGGUUGCCAACCAGAUUAGCGGUACUACACCUGUUUUUGUCUCGUAUUUAUACCCAAGACUAGACAAGAACUUAUAAAGGACGGUUAGAUCCAGAUUCUCUGAUGAUUCCGCUCCUGGCUGAUUAUUUUAAUAUAAAGCACGUGGACUGAAUGUUUGCACGCCAGCACAUGAUCAAUACGAUACACCAGAUAACUUUUUUUUUUACAGGCUUUGGACAGAAAAAAUAAUUUAUAUUACAAAUAUGUUGCUCGGUCUCAGUCCGAACCUUUGGCCAUUCUGCUAUUCCCAUGGAUGCGAGCCGGCAGUAAACAUGCUGACAAGUAACAAAUUACUGUGGGCGUCAUAUUGUUGGCCUCUCUUGUCUCUCAUGCGCCUACAAGUAAAUAAAUACGAGAUUCGCCUGUCCCUCCUUUUGAAUGCCAUGUUUUCAUGAACAGACACGCGUUUUGCAUUGUUACGAAGUUUAAUAAUGAGCUAUUUCACAACAAUUUAGUGGAUUAUAUGAAGAAUUAUUAACAGCACAGUUAAAAUCAAAAUACACAAAACAAAAACAGGGUAAUGCGUGUGCAUAUUUAAGUGCAGACAAAGCGGUUAUCGCUUUUAUAUAGCAAAUUCAUUAAUUCCUUGAUAUACCUGCCAGGUAAUAUAGUCAAUCUUAGAAAAUCAAUAGUGAUGGAAUUUGUAAAUUAAGAUGUGAAACAUAGAAAUUAUCUUAAAUAAAAAAUAGAAUACUGUUUUAAGUCUCCGGGCAGUCUCUGGCCAUUUUGGGACCACAAGAUGGCGAGCUGUCUAACUAACCUGAUUUAUGUAAUAGAUCAGCUUAUUGAUUCAAUUAGUGGAGCCCAAUCCUGACUUGUCACAGGUCUGGAAACUGGUCGCGUCACAUGCAGCCCGGAUGCUAAACUGAUUUUGAACGAAAGCAGAUAUCGGACUGUGCAGAAAGAACCGUUUCGUCAGUAAUAAAAUAUUACAUUUAAACAAGAUUUUUUAAACUGAGUAGAUUUACAGUUCUACGAGUGAAUGAUGUUUCCCACCUUCAGAUGGAGCUCCAAACCUCUCACAGCUGUGGCCUUUCGCUUCCUGGGCCUCAACAUAAACAAGAUUUUUUUACACUUUAAAGAAACGUUGGGAGCGAGCAAAUGGAAUGAGAAAGGAGGUGAAAAAACUAUUGAAUAAUUCUUAUUUUUUUCUUUAUUUCAUUCUGUCAAGGGAGCUUUUGAAAAAAACGUUUGACGUUUACGUGUUGUUAUCAGAUUGAUGGGCUGGUUUGAUUGAAGUGGCUUUGUCAUGCAAAUGUCAGCCGUUUGAUGGAUGGUCUCAGUUCACUGACAAACUUCUGGCGGCCCCUGGCAAUUGGCGCCGUGGUGGUCACGUGUUUUGCCACUGAGGUGAUAUGUGUUGCGGGGAUGCCCAAACGAAUGCACGAAGAGAAGUUUUAUUAUGUUUUCACUGCAUUGACAUCCCACGCAGGACAGGAGGAAUCCCCCCGAAACGCAGGCUGACCCUCCGUCAUCAUCAGCACAUGGACAAUUCUAGAAUGAACUCUUUCCUGGAGUACACUAUCUUUAACCGCGGGACUAAUGCCUACUCACCCAAACCAGCUUAUCAUCAUCUGGACCAAGGUAUUACGGCUCCUUUCCCCGUUGCCAAUGGCACAACUGACGCCUACAACAGUGAUGGACGGUUUUUCGUGGCUGACAGUGCCCAGGCCGUCUCUGAUCCACAUCAGCACCAGAGCGCAAACUUCGCGCAUCACCACUCACAGCCCAGCUUCUCGGGCAUAGGGACCUCUUACGCCAACGCAGGGGCACCCGCGUAUGGGCCACAGGGCUCCAACCUGGACUACGGGCACCAUCAAUAUUUCGUGAGCCAAGAGCAGGACACGGUGUACUUCCAGUCAUCCGGGAUUAACGCUUCAAGCAUCGGGUCCAACUUCGUUUACAGCGGGGCGCCGGGGGCGGUUCCUGCGGGCCCGUAUCAGCAGCACGGCUGUGUGGGGCAGGAGCAUCAGCAGGGGUAUCUUCAGAACACCUACGCCGACUUGUCUCCUUCCCGAGACGGGCAAAAGGACUUGAACUGUCAGCCAGAACAAAUAUCAUCGGGAAAGACCUUCGACUGGAUGAAAGUAAAGAGGAACCCGCCGAAGACAGCUAAAGUUGUGGAUUAUGGAAUUGGUCAACAGAACACAAUUCGGACCAACUUCACCACCAAGCAGCUGACCGAGCUCGAGAAGGAGUUUCACUUCAACAAGUACCUCACCAGGGCCCGGCGCGUGGAAAUCGCCGCUACCUUGGAGCUAAACGAAACCCAGGUGAAAAUCUGGUUCCAGAAUCGCAGGAUGAAACAGAAAAAACGCGAGAAAGAAGGCCUUGCACCGUCUGUCAACCGGGCUUCGCCCAAGGAUCUGGGAGACAACUCGGACCAUUCUACCUCUCCGUCUCCGGGAGGGUCCCCCAGCUCGGAAACCUCAUGAAACAGACUCAUCUGACAUUUCACCCGUUAACGCCGUUAUCGCAGUGAGAGGACUCCAACACUCCAUUAUACAUGAUGAAGUGGCUUUUCGUUGUCAUUUCAUAAAUCAAUGAAAAUGUUUGUUUUUACUUUACUCAGAUAAUGGCUUUUUGAAUUGUACUACUGAGAUGAACGAGCACAGGUCCUUGGCCUACAGUGAUUUGACGGUAUGCGUAGUCACUCCUGGCGCGUGGACGGUCGCAGAGACGCGUCCAAAAUACUGUUUUUCAGGACGGUACACAGCUCACGAACUUUGCUCUUCAAACCCAAGUGGGAGACGCACUUUUGCAUGUUUACAUAAUUUAAGGGAGCACACGCGUUUUACCUGAACGAUUUACAAUUACAUUACAGGGAGCCAACUGGCAAAGUUGUAUUAGUUUUUAAAUGUAGAGUUUAUUUUCUUUUUGGAACGUUUUGAUGUAUUAUUUCAUUUGUAUAUAUAAAGGGGAAGUCUAGAUAUCAAUAACGCUAACGAUAGUUUUUGUUGUUUGCACCUAAGGGUUACAGGGUAUGUACAUUCACCAAAUAAAUUUUUAAAAUAGGCGAAGAGUCAUCAAUAUUAAUUUGGGGAAAUUAUAUACGUACAAAUCUGUCUGAAAAGCAGUGGUUAUGUUAUGAAAUAGAUGUUCGAAUGAAUGAAUGAAUGACAUUCGCCAUAUGUAUUUCGGGACUGGAAUAUGGCCUCCAUAAGGAAAUUUACUUUCGUGCUUUAUUUCACAUACCCGAAUAUGCAGACUUCGUGACAAAAUUUAUUUUUUUAUAUUCCUGGUUUCAACGCAGUUAAAAGAUCAGUGACGACAAAGAAUGUCUAUAUUUUCCGAGGGAAAUUAUCAUGUUCAAAUACGUAAAUAAGUAAAUAAAAACCAACAAAUUAAUAAAUAAACCACAAUGAUGAACAAAAUGAUUUUGGGGUAAAGCAAAGUUUGCAAUUUUCCGUUAGGCAUUUUUAAGACGCCAGACAGUGAGCUGUGGUAAGUAUGCAGAGGGGCUGAGUUUUAUUAGUUGAAGUCUGCACUGUAUUGAGUCCCCGUGAAACGUACGUUUCGUUUUUGCAACUACCUCAAAUAAAACUGU